AGCAUCCCCAGUGCAGGGGCCGGGAGCUGCGGUCCCCAGGACCAUGGGACACCAGGAUGUGCCCCAGGAGAGGAGCCCACUGGGGUUUUACAGCCCCGAAGGGGGGAAGGAGCCCCGGGGACGGUGCCUGCCCUGUGCCAGUGCUCCCCGCAGCACCCCAGGGUGCCGAGGCCAGCGGCGCGUCCGCAGCCCUGAAGCACUGGAGCAGCCGGUGGGGACCAAUGGGACAUGGGUGGCUCUGAUGGGUGAGGAAGAGGAGGAGGAAGCAGCAGCAGCACAAGCGGCUGUGCUGACCAUCGUCCCGGUCUUCUGUGCCAUGGGGCUGCUGGGCAUCCUGGUCUGCAACCUGCUGAAGAGGAAGGGCUACUACUGCACCACCAGCAAGGAGCCACAGCCUGGAGCCACCGGUCCCAGCUCCAUCUACCAUCUGGAGGAUGCCAAUGAGGACACCAUUGGGGUGCUGGUGCGGUUGAUCACUGAGAAGAAAGAAAACGCUGCAGCGCUGGAGGAGCUGCUGAAGGAGCAUCACAGACAACAGCCACAGGGCUGGACCCCCCCAGAUAAGCUGCACCUCCUGCCUCAGUUUCCCCCCUGCUGCCAGCACCACCUGCACACAGUGCAGGGCCCGGCCCCAUGUGCUCGCUGCAGCCACAAGUGGCCCGAGGUGCUGGCACCGCUCAGCACCACCAAGGGCCCCAAACCUGGGGGUCGGCCCAGUGAGGUCACCAUCCUGUCUGUGGGCAGGUUCCGGGUGUCCCGUAUCCCGGAGGUGAGGAAUGAUGCAGGGGGGGAUCCCCACCAUGGAGCCCUGCCUGGGAGUGGGGUGUGCUUGAGGAGCACCGAUGGCCCCCCCAAGCUGGCACCAGGCCUGGGGGCUGCCUCGGGGGGACGGUGACACCCACAGACACCCCAUGGAGGGGACAGGAUGAUGGGCACCGUGUGAAAGCCAGUCCUGUGUGGAGCCAGAAGUGCUGGAGGUGGCAGCUCCUGUUCCUGCCACCAAGGUGUCCAUCAGGAGCAUGGCAAAUCCAUUGUGUGGCCCAGCUGGUGAGGAUUCCCUGUCCCCAAGGACUGGUGGUGGCCAUGGCAUGGUGGGCUGAUGGAGAGCAUCUCCUGGAGCUACAGCACCAGUGGUGGUGGCCAUACCAUGGUGGGCUGAUGGAGAGCAUCUCUGGAAGCCUUGAUGCCAGUGGUGGUGGCCCCAUCAUGGUCCCCUGAUGGACAGCAUCUCCUGGAGCUGCAUCACUGGUGGGGUGGCCAUACCAUGGUGGGCUGAUGGAGAGCAUCUCUGGGAGCCAUAAUGCUGGUGAUGGUAGCCACAUGGUGGUGCACUGAUGGAUAACAUCUCUGGAAAGCCAUGAUGCCAGAGCACAGCCCCAUUGAAGACACCAUACAGUGGAGGAUGUCAUGCAGCUGGGAUGCCAUUUCAUGGUCACCUUCCUCAUCUGUUGACCUGAAGCCUCUCCAGGAACAUGAGGAGCUCUUGAUUUCCAUCCCAGCACUGCACACUGCAGCCUAAUGACAGUCUGUGCAUCACAGAACAGCUCCCACCUUACCAACAACCCACCCAGGGCAUGGGUUGAGCUGCUCCAAGCUGCUCUCCUGCACGUACAUCUCUGUCCAAGAGAUCCACUCUGCUCACCACGAAGCUCACACACUCCUCCUAUAGGAUCACAUUGACUUGAGCAUGUUGGGCUCAACCCACCCAAGGUGGACUUGGCGACCAUCAAGCUCCACAACCAACCUGAAACUGGGGUUAUGGCUGUUCCCAUUCACUUCUCACCCCAUCAGCACCAAAAAAACCAACCACAAACCCCCUCUUGGGCUCUUUUAUUUAUUUUUUCUCUCUUUUUU